AUGGGUCAGGAGGUGGAACCCGAAGUGGAACCAAAAGAAUAUGUGGUAACUGAUUACGAAUAUGGAGAAUCUGACCAGGAGAUAGAUGAAGGAAAGGAUGUUGAGGAGGGACGUAGUGAACCCCACCUAUCGACAGCCCCAUCAGAUCCACACACGGUUCAGAAUGGUGAUGCAUACCAUUUACGCUCUCUUGAGGAAGAAAAAACCAAUCUCAAGCAUCAACUCUUUGCAUCCGAAGCAAGGGCUAUACGAGUCGAGCAAAGGGUAGAGGUAAUCACUCAAGAGGGAAAUGAACCGGCUGAACUUCUGAUACGUCCGCUCGACGAUUGA